CGUUCAACAAAGCGGCUGAUUGCAAUUUGUCGACGCAUCUCAAAGGAUAUAAAAGCUUUCUUGGAAGAGACUUCAAACUUAUGAUUCAGAUGCUCCCAAUUGUUCUCAGAGUUGCUCGUGAUCACAUUGAUUUCCUCAACCUUCGUAAUGAUCAAUUCCACCGAAUGGAUAACGUUAUUAGUACUUUGGACAAGCUUGGUGAGCUUUACUCAUUGUGUUAUAACUGUGAAAUACAUACCAACGUUUCUGCCUAUCUCGAUUUAUUGCGUCAAUGCGUUGAUGAUACUGUUAUUGCUCUGGAUAACCUUGAUCGUACCAUUCUUCCCAGUAACCGACGUACUCGUGGAGAGCCAGCAACAGCAAGGACAACUGCAUCAGUGCCCAACCAACAAACAAAACCUUCUCGUGAUUUGGCUCUUAUUAACGGUCGUGAGGUAAUGCUGAGAAGUAUUGCGAUGGGUCUUGUUUGGGAUAACGGUAUGAAAACUCGUGGUAGUCUGGUCAAAGCGUUGUUCGAUAGGUACAGUGAGGACAUGUACUAUUCUGCUAAUCGGGAAUUCGGCAGUACUGAAUAUAUUCCUCGAAAGAAAAUUGCUUUGAACAUGAUGGCUAUUCUCGAUGUUGACUUGGAUUCUCUUGGGGCGCGUCGUCUGCUUGAAAAGGUCGUAAAACUUCGCGGCGAUCAGGCUAUUGUUGAGUUGUAUGAACUUGUUCCCAGGCCAGCCUUCGGGAUUCACGAUGACAGUAGCCUCAUUUCCGUCUAUCAAGCUGACUUAGGUGGUAAUCUCCUCACCAAGAAAACUGAAGAAAUCUUGGACUUGCCGAAGUAUAAACUGACUAUGGUGGAAUUGCUUAACAUGUCUCAGGAAACGGAGAUUGACACUGUCAAGUAUUCUCUUAGCAACAAGUGCAAGUUCGGUACUUUCUGGUGGCUGCAUAACACUAAUCGUUAUUUCAAAAUUUUAGAAAAUGAAAGAAAGUAAUCAUUUUGUUUUUUUUUACAUGUCAUUUUUUUAAAAAAAAGUAAAAGUCUCUUCCAUUUUGUUAUCCAAUAAAAAUGCUUAGC